CUCCGGCCGGAGCCGCCUCUCCGUCCCCUCCUCCCCACCCAGUCGCUCUCCGGCGGCCGCCUCUCCUCCCGGGGCGGCACCCGCAGGCCAAAGCGGCUUCCCCCGGCCCCGAACUGACGGAGCCGCCCCGGCCUCUCUCUCCCUCCCUCCCUCCCUCCCUCGCGCGCCCCCGAACCGCCCGCGUCGAGGGGCGAGGCCUAGCGCGGGCCCGUCAGCACCGGCCUCGCGUUAGUAGUGUUCCCCUCGGGAGGGGGCCGCGCAGGUGCCUCUUGGAGCUCAGCCUGGUUCUUCCUGGGUGUGCCAUAAUGCAGACUGUGUUGCAGGACCCUGAAUUCUGAGCCUCUUUGAAAGAGCAUCUUUCACUUUCCUUCAAGGUGCACCAGCUGCAAAAUGGUUGAUCCAAGAGACAUUUGUCCUCACUUGGAUUCCAUAGGUGAAGUCACCAAGGAAGACCUGCUUCUCAAGUCGAAGGGGACUUGCCAGUCUUGUGGUGCUGGAGGACCAAACUUGUGGGCCUGCCUUCAGGUUGGUUGUCCUUACGUUGGUUGCGGGGAAUCCUUUGCUGAUCACAGCACCCUUCAUGCACAGGCCAAAAAGCACAAUCUGACCGUGAACUUGACGACAUUCCGGGUGUGGUGCUAUGCGUGUGAAAAGGAGGUGUUCUUGGACCAGAGGCUGGCACCCCACAGUCCAGCCCCGCAGGCAAAAUUAACCGACCAGGAUUCUCCUCCACUCGCUCAUCCUCUGAAAGCUGUUCCGAUUGCAGUGGCUGAUGAAGGGGAGUCGGAAUCAGAAGACGAUGAUCUCAAACCCAGAGGCCUUACUGGAAUGAAAAACCUUGGGAACUCCUGUUACAUGAACGCUGCACUUCAAGCCCUCUCUAAUUGCCCUCCACUCACACAGUUCUUCCUAGAGUGUGGGGGACUCGUGCGUACAGACAAGAAGCCGGCGCUGUGCAAAAGCUACCAAAAGCUGAUUUCUGAAGUGUGGCACAAGAAGCGCCCCAGCUACGUGGUCCCGAGCAGCCUGUCUCAUGGUAUCAAACUGGUCAAUCCCAUGUUCCGAGGCUACGCACAACAGGACACACAAGAGUUCCUGCGCUGCUUGAUGGACCAGCUUCACGAAGAGCUGAAGGAGCCAAUUGCCGCUGAGUCGCGGGACUCGGACUUGAGCGACACAGACGACAAGCGAGAGGGCGACCGCAGUCCUUCGGAGGAUGAAUUCCUCUCCUGUGACUCAAGCAGUGACCGAGGCGAAGGGGACGGGCAGAGCAAGACUGGAGGCUUACUGGUGGAGGCAGAGCUGUUGAUCCAGGAUGAGGCAGGAAGGGGGAUCUCUGAAAAGGAGAGGUCGAAGGACCGCAAGUUCACAUGUAGCCACCGGCGGAGCAACUCUGAGCAGGUGGAUGAGGAUGCUGACGUAGAUACCUCUGUGAUGCCCUUGGAUGGCAGAGCUUCCCCGGAAACCCUCCCCCCUCCCACUCCGCGUCCCACCAGCCCUUCUCGGACCCCAGAACCAGACAAUGAUGCCUAUACCCGCUGCUCCUCUCGACCCUGCAGCCCCAUUCACCAAGAUGUGCACUCCAAGCUGUCGAGCAGUCCUCCACGCUCAAGCCCAGUGAGGCUGGGACCCUCUUAUGUACUGAAGAAAGCCCAGAUGCAGGCCUUUGGCAAAAAGAAGAAGGAGGUCCGCUACCGCAGCGUCAUCUCUGACAUCUUCGACGGCUCCAUCUUGAGCCUCGUGCAGUGCCUCACCUGUGACAGAGUGCGUCUCCUUACUGCUGCCGAUCAAGUAAAAAUGGUUUCCACCACGGUCGAGACAUUCCAGGACCUGUCCCUGCCCAUCCCUGGGAAGGAGGACCUGGCCAAGCUGCAUUCGGCCAUCUACCAGAAUGUGCCGGCCAAGACGGGAGCUUGUGGAGACAACUACUCAUCGCAGGGGUGGAUCGCCUUUAUCAUGGAGUAUAUCCGAAGGUUUGUGGUGUCCUGCAUCCCCAGCUGGUUUUGGGGUCCUGUGGUCACCCUGGAGGACUGUCUGGCUGCCUUUUUCGCUGCUGAUGAAUUGAAAGGUGACAACAUGUACAGUUGUGAACGGUGUAAAAAAUUGCGGAAUGGAGUUAAAUAUUGCAAAGUCCUCCGACUCCCUGAGAUCCUGUGCAUCCACUUGAAGCGCUUCCGGCAUGAGGUCAUGUACUCCUUCAAAAUCAACAGCCACGUCUCCUUCCCCCUGGAAGGGCUGGACCUUCGGCCUUUCCUGGCCAAGGAGAGCAUCUCCCAAAUCACCAGUUACGACCUCUUGUCUGUCAUCUGCCACCAUGGCACUGCGGGCAGUGGGCACUACAUUGCCUACUGCCAGAAUGUGAUCAACGGCCAGUGGUACGAAUUUGAUGACCAGUAUGUCACAGAGGUGCACGAGACGGUCGUGCAGAAUGCAGAAGCCUACGUCCUGUUCUACAGGAAGAGCAGCGAGGAGGCUGUGCGGGAGCGCCAGAAGGUGGUCUCUUUGGCCACCAUGAAGGAGCCCAGCCUGCUACAGUUUUACAUCUCCCGGGAAUGGCUCAACAAAUUCAACACCUUUGCAGAGCCAGGGCCCAUCACCAACCACACCUUCCUGUGCUCCCACGGAGGCAUCCCUCCAAACAAAUACCAUUAUAUUGACGAUCUUGUGGUGAUUCUUCCGCAGAAUGUCUGGGAGUACUUGUAUAACAGGUUUGGUGGCGGCCCAGCCGUGAACCACCUCUACGUGUGCUCGGUGUGCCAGGUGGAGAUUGAAGCCCUGGCCAAGAGGAGGAGGAUCGAGAUUGACACCUUCAUUAAGCUGAACAAGGCAUUCCAGGCAGAGGAGUCCCCGAGCGUCAUCUAUUGCAUCAGCAUGCAGUGGUUCCGCGAGUGGGAGGCGUUCGUGAAAGGCAAAGACAAUGAGCCGCCUGGACCGAUUGACAACAGCAAGAUUGCCGUGGUGAAAGGAAGUGGGCACAUGCAGGUAAAGCAGGGAGCUGAUUACGGGCAAAUUUCCGAGGAGACCUGGACUUACUUAAGCACACUGUAUGGUGGAGGUCCUGAGAUCGCCAUUCGGCAGAAUGUGCCCCAAGCGCAAGAGCUGGAGAGUUUGCAUGGGGAGCAGAAGAUCGAAGCCGAGACCUGAGCUGCCUGAGUGACAGCGGACCAGUUGGGGAAGGAUCUGGAUUCCCCUUGGCCAGUGGACAUUCUAUAUCCCAGGAACAGAUCUGGACGCUUUCUUGGUGUUUUUUGUUUUUUUUUUUGGAACUACUCAGACGUGUAAAGCUGCAGCAGCCGCCCUCUCCUGUUCACAGAGAAGAACACUGCAACUAGAACCCAGUGUUAAUUUGAAGCUAGCCGACGCUUCUGAGGCCUUCGUACCACUUCACGUGCAGCCUCACAGGUGAGACAGGAUCCACAAGGCUGCCUCCGUCAGAGUUUGUGCCUCUCCAGCUGAGAACGAGGGCAUCUUUGCCAAGGCUGUUCGUGUGCCACGCCACCCCCAAACAGUUCUGCCAGGUGGAGCUGGGCUGCACUUGCUGUGUCUGCAAAAGACCUGAGGAGAAUUCCCUGCUUCCUGCUUAGCUUCUCCUCUGUGCCAUUCCCAUUGGUGAGCCUGGAGCCUUUUGUAGCCGUGACGUUGAUUGCCCUUUGGGCACCACACCUAGGCACGCACCUUGGCUUGUUUCUCCUGGAUUCGUACCAUUUCUGCAGGUGAAGUAUCAGGUUCUGCUGGAGCCAGACUCUGAAGGACUUGGGAACAUUUGGGGCGGGGGGGUUGGUGGGUAUUCUCACCCACAGGCAGUUUGCAACUCUAAAAGCACAGGGAGAAGAGGCCCCCGCCCUUUCCUGGCCAGAGAAGUCCUCCCUUCCCUGUUGCUUUUUGAAACGCAGGAGGGGAGUUAUCCUUGAAUGUAUUAAUUUAUUUGCAAGCCCCCUCCCAAUGUCUUCCCUUCUCCCCCUCCAAACACACAUGACAGAGCUGUUGCAUUGAGCUGGCUUCUUGAGCACGCAGAGGGAACUGGACGCAUCCUCUGUGGGCCUGACCACUUGCCGCAAGAUUCCAGCAGAUGUGCAGGGAGCAUCUCUGAGAAAGAGGGCUCCAUCCAGUCGCAAGGAGCAGAAUGUACAGGACAGGCAGAGAGGGAGGGGCAAGCAGUUAUCCCUCCUGCCACAUCCACCUGGCAGUGAUUCUGAAAUUGAAACCCAGGACAUGUGAGCAGUGAGUUCAGUCUACCCUGAGGAUGCACUCGGGGAGGCACAGCCACCGUUCUUGUGGGGAGGGCCACUGCUGGAUGGAGAGAGGUAGAGACGGGGAUGUUUGCCUCGGGCGGGCUGUCUAGAGCUCUCCCUGAUGCCCCAAUCUCUCCUCUCAGGCCAAUUCAUUCCUCCUCCAAAUUCAUUGGCCCCUUCUUGGCAAAUUACAAGAUCAGCUGAUUUUUUUGAGGGGGGUGUCAGAGAAAUGGGAUAAGAAGGACAAAGAUCUUUGGUAAACGUGGCCGCGACCUUGGUGGUGUGGGGGGGAAUUCUAAGCGUUUGGUGCAUCAGGCCAUUGGAAACAAAAGCAGGUGUUUCUCUCUCUCUCCCUUGUUGACCUGGGUUUGGACACGCAAAAACUCUUCCCCUCUUGCGUCCACAGAGCACCCGGAGGCCUCGUCACCUUGGCCAUUUCUCUGCAUUUUUUGUUAGUUAAUGUCAGUCGGUGUCUCUUGCCCAGCAGGGGCCCCUGGGCUGCCUGUGGUUGUGCUCUUGCUGGAGUUCCUCCUUUGUGCUGAGAACAUCCACCAAUAAAUUUGCUUGCAUUCAA